AAAUGCAGAGCGUUCUAGGCGCCUGGCUGGCUCAGCCCAUUGCAGAAAAGUCUCCCCCUUCUCUAAAGACCCAAUUCCCUACAGAACCAGCUUGGAGUUACUUUCCCUUCAAGGAGACUGAAAUAAUUGUGAUUUGUGGCGUUCUCAGUUUGCGGUGGUAUUUUCCUGUUGUGUUAAAUGCCUCUUACUAAGUAAUAGAUGUGAUUUAUGUGGACCACGAAGGGGUGUGUGGUGGAUUCGGUGGUUAAUCAGUGAAUUCCCAUCCGCUGGCAUCUCUCACUGCCCCUCUUGCGUGAUGUAAGAUCAGACGUACCCUGCAUUGAAAAGUCAAGACACACGAGCGGCUCGCUCGCGCUCACACACACUCAGUCUCCCGCACGCGCGCAUCCUUACACCUUCCACAUCCUGCUCCAGGCAGGAGAAGGCGGACUAGCUGGACUCACUGAGCUGAAGAAUUCCCAGUGACAUUUGUAAAUGACGCUGCUCAAUUCCGGGCUCCGAGCCGUCGCUGUCGCCGCCGCUGCCGCCGCCGCCGCCGCCGCCGCCGGGCCAAGGGUGCCGCCGAGCAGUCUCCAGCGCAGGCUUCCUUUCCGGGGGACCACAAUGUCCGAGUUUCUCCUCGCCUUACUCACUCUCUCGGGAUUAUUGCCUAUCGCCAAGGUGCUGACCGUGGGAGCCCACCAAGAUCAGCAGUCCUGUGAUCCUGGUGAUUUUCUUUGCCACGAUCACGUGACUUGCGUCUCCCAGAGCUGGCUGUGUGAUGGGGACCCCGACUGCCCUGAUGAUUCAGACGAGUCUUUAGAUACCUGUCCUGAGGAAGUAGAAAUCAAGUGCCCCUUGAAUCACAUUGCUUGCCGUAGUGCCAACGAAUGUGUGCAUUUAUCCCAACUAUGCAAUGGUGUCCUGGAUUGCUCAGAUGGUUAUGACGAAGGAAUACACUGCCGUGAAUUGUUAACCAAUUGCCAGCAGCUGAAUUGUCAGUAUAAAUGUGCAAUGAUGAGGAAUAGUACAAGAUGUUACUGUGAGGAUGGAUUUGAAGUAAAAGAAGAUGGGAGAAGUUGUAGAGAUCGAGACGAAUGUGCUAUUUACGGUACCUGCAGCCAGACCUGCAUAAAUACACAUGGCUCCUAUGCUUGCAGUUGUGUGGAGGGCUAUCUAAUGCAGCCAGACAACCGGUCUUGCAAAGCCAAAAACGAGCCUACAGAUAGGCCGCCUAUGUUACUAAUUGCAAAUUCUGAAACAAUUGAGAUGUUCUAUCUUAAUGGAAGUAAAAUGGCAACUAUAAGCUCAGUCAACAGGAAUGAAAUUCACACUCUGGAUUUUAUUUACAAUGAAGAAAUGAUUUGUUGGAUUGAAUCAAGAGAUUCUUCAAAUCAACUGAAAUGCAUUCAGAUAACAAAAACAGGAAGAUUAACAGAUGAAUGGACAAUCAAUAUUCUUCAGUCCUUCCACAAUGUGGAACAAAUGGCGAUUGAUUGGCUCACCAGAAAUCUCUAUUUUGUGGACCACGUCAGUGACCGGAUCUUUGUUUGUAAUUAUAAUGGGUCUGUGUGUGUCACCCUGAUUGAUCUGGAGCUUCAUAAUCCUAAGGCAAUAGCAGUAGAUCCAAUAGCAGGAAAACUUUUCUUUACGGACUACGGGAAUGUCGCCAAAGUGGAGCGAUGUGACAUGGAUGGGAUGAACAGAACCAGGAUAAUUGAUUCAAAGACAGAGCAGCCAGCUGCACUGGCACUAGACCUAGUCAACAAAUUGGUUUACUGGGUAGAUCUGUACUUGGACUAUGUGGGAGUAGUGGACUAUCAAGGAAAAAAUAGACAUACCAUUGUUCAAGGGAGACAAGUCAGACAUCUUUAUGGAAUAACUGUGUUUGAAGACUAUUUGUAUGCAACCAAUUCUGAUAACUUCAACAUCUUAAGGAUAAACAGAUUUAAUGGCACCGAUAUUCAUUCAUUCAUUAAAACAGAAAGUGCUCGAGGAAUCCGAAUCUAUCAAAAAAGAACUCAACCAACAGUCAGAAGCCAUGCAUGUGAAGUGGAUCCAUAUGGAAUGCCAGGGGGAUGCUCACACAUCUGUCUGCUCCACAGCAGUUACAAAACACGGACCUGUCGCUGCAGGACUGGCUUCAACUUGGGGAGUGAUGGCAGGUCAUGCAAAAGACCGAAGAAUGAGUUGUUCCUCUUUUAUGGAAAAGGACGCCCAGGAAUUGUUAGAGGAAUGGACUUGAAUACCAAGAUAGCUGAUGAAUACAUGAUCCCCAUAGAAAAUCUGGUAAACCCUCGUGCUGUAGAUUUUCAUGCAGAAACCAAUUACAUCUACUUUGCUGACACCACCAGUUUCUUAAUUGGCCGGCAGAAGAUAGAUGGUACAGAUCGAGAAACCAUUCUGAAAGAUGAUCUGGAUAAUGUAGAGGGCAUUGCUGUGGACUGGAUUGGAAAUAACCUUUACUGGACAAAUGAUGGCCAUAGAAAAACAAUUAAUGUGGCCAGACUGGAAAAGGCUUCUCAGAGUCGGAAGACUCUUUUAGAAGGAGAAAUGUCCCAUCCCAGAGGAAUUGUGGUGGAUCCAGUUAAUGGUUGGAUGUAUUGGACAGACUGGGAGGAAGAUGAUAUAGAUGACAGCGUGGGAAGGAUCGAAAAGGCUUGGAUGGAUGGCUUCAAUCGGCAGAUUUUUGUGACUUCAAAGAUGCUGUGGCCAAAUGGUUUAACUCUGGACUUUCACACUAACACAUUAUACUGGUGUGAUGCCUAUUAUGAUCAUAUUGAAAAAGUGUUUUUGAAUGGAACUCACAGGAAGAUUGUAUACAGUGGAAAAGAAUUGAAUCAUCCCUUUGGAUUGUCACAUCAUGGCAAUUACGUGUUCUGGACUGAUUAUAUGAAUGGUUCCAUUUUUCAACUAGAUUUGAUAACAAGUGAGGUGACAUUGCUGAGGCAUGAAAGACCACCUUUGUUUGGGCUUCAGAUUUAUGAUCCACGAAAGCAACAAGGUGACAAUAUGUGCCGAGUCAAUAAUGGGGGCUGUAGUACACUUUGCUUGGCCAUUCCAGCAGGCCGAGUCUGUGCUUGUGCCGAUAAUCAACUUUUGGAUGAAAAUGGGACAACUUGCACAUUUAAUCCAGGAGAAGCAUUACCUCACAUAUGCAAACCUGGAGAAUUUCGCUGCCAAAACAGACACUGUAUCCAAGCUCGGUGGAAAUGUGAUGGUGAUGACGACUGUUUAGACGGAAGUGAUGAGGACUUGGUCAAUUGCUUCAAUCAUACCUGUCCUGAUGAUCAAUUUAAAUGCCAGAAUAAUCGAUGUAUCCCCAAGAGAUGGCUUUGUGAUGGAGCUAAUGAUUGUGGGAGCAAUGAGGAUGAAUCCAAUCAAACUUGUGCAGCCAGAACAUGCCAGGCAGACCAAUUUUCUUGUGGAAAUGGACGAUGUAUUCUCAGAGCAUGGCUAUGUGACAGAGAAGAUGACUGUGGUGACCAGACAGAUGAAAUGGCAUCCUGUGAAUUUCCAACUUGUGAGCCCCUAACUCAAUUUAUAUGCAAAAGUGGAAGAUGCAUUAGCAGCAAAUGGCACUGUGAUUCUGAUGAUGACUGUGGUGAUGGGAGUGAUGAGGAAGGCUGUGUUUACUCUUGUUUUGAUCACCAGUUCAGAUGUGCCAGUGGCAGAUGUAUCCCAGGCCAUUGGGCCUGUGAUGGUGACAAUGACUGUGGGGACUUCAGUGAUGAAACCCAAGUCAAUUGUACCAAAGAAGAGAUUCGUUCUCCUGCUGGCUGUAAUGGGAAUCACUUCCAGUGCCAUCCUGAUGGAAAUUGCAUUCCUGAUCUGUGGCGCUGUGAUGGAGAAAAAGACUGUGAAGAUGGUAGCGAUGAAAAAGGAUGCAAUGGCACGAUACGCUUGUGUGAUCACAAAACCAAGUUCUCCUGUCAGCGUACAGGGAGAUGCAUUAACAAAGCAUGGGUAUGUGAUGGAGAUAUUGAUUGUGAAGAUCAAUCAGAUGAAGAAGACUGUGACAGUUUUAUGUGUGGACCACCCAAGUACCCUUGUGCUAAUGAUACUUCAGUGUGCCUGCAGCCAGAAAAACUCUGCAAUGGGAAAAAAGACUGUCCUGAUGGUUCUGAUGAAGGCGAUCUGUGCGAUGAAUGUUCACUGAACAAUGGAGGCUGUAGCAACCAUUGUUCUGUUGUUCCCGGAAGAGGAAUUGUCUGUUCUUGUCCUGAAGGACUUCAACUCAACAAAGACAAUAAAACAUGUGAAAUUGUGGAUUAUUGUAGCAAUCAUCUGAAGUGCAGCCAAGUGUGCGAGCAGCACAAACACACAGUCAAGUGUUCAUGUUAUGAAGGGUGGAAGCUGGAUGUGGAUGGAGAAAGUUGCACAAGUGUUGAUCCUUUUGAAGCAUUCAUCAUCUUUUCUAUUCGCCAUGAAAUUCGAAGAAUUGAUCUUCAUAAAAGAGACUAUAGUCUACUAGUUCCUGGAUUGAGAAACACCAUAGCACUUGAUUUUCACUUCAAUCAAAGUUUACUUUAUUGGACAGAUGUUGUAGAAGACAGGAUAUACCGGGGCAAGCUUUCAGAGAGUGGAGGUGUCACUGCAAUAGAGGUGGUUGUGGAGCAUGGCCUGGCUACCCCAGAAGGCCUGACUGUUGACUGGAUAGCAGGCAACAUAUACUGGAUAGACAGCAAUCUGGAUCAAAUCGAAGUGGCCAAACUGGAUGGUUCCCUCAGAACUACACUAAUAGCAGGAGCCAUGGAGCACCCUAGGGCCAUUGCUUUGGACCCAAGAUAUGGAAUUCUUUUCUGGACAGAUUGGGAUGCCAAUUUUCCUCGCAUCGAAUCUGCCUCUAUGAGUGGUGCUGGAAGAAAAACAAUCUACAAAGACAUGAAAACUGGGGCUUGGCCUAAUGGACUAACUGUGGACCACUUUGAGAAAAGGAUAGUUUGGACAGAUGCCAGGUCAGAUGCUAUCUACUCAGCCCUUUAUGAUGGGACAAACAUGAUAGAAAUCAUCCGAGGCCAUGAAUAUCUUUCUCAUCCCUUUGCUGUGUCUCUAUAUGGGAGUGAAGUCUAUUGGACAGAUUGGAGAACCAACACAUUGUCCAAAGCCAAUAAAUGGACAGGACAGAAUGUCAGUGUGAUUCAGAAAACCAGUGCACAGCCUUUUGACCUUCAGAUAUAUCAUCCCAGUCGUCAGCCACAGGCUCCCAAUCCUUGUGCAGUUAAUGACGGCAAAGGGCCCUGCUCUCACAUGUGUCUGAUCAAUCAUAAUAGGAGUGCCGCUUGUGCCUGCCCCCACCUGAUGAAGCUUUCCUCAGACAAGAAGACCUGCUAUGAAAUGAAAAAAUUUCUCCUUUACGCAAGGCGCUCUGAAAUCAGAGGAGUGGAUAUCGACAAUCCAUAUUUUAACUUUAUCACGGCCUUUACAGUCCCUGAUAUUGAUGAUGUUACUGUGAUAGACUUUGAUGCCUCUGAAGAACGUUUAUACUGGACUGAUAUCAAAACCCAAACCAUCAAACGGGCUUUUAUUAAUGGAACUGGGUUAGAAACUGUUAUUUCAAGAGAUAUUCAGAGUAUAAGAGGGCUAGCAGUGGAUUGGGUAUCCCGUAAUUUAUACUGGAUUAGCUCAGAAUUUGAUGAAACACAAAUUAAUGUGGCACGGCUAGAUGGCUCUUUGAAAACCUCAAUUAUCCACGGAAUCGAUAAGCCACAGUGUCUUGCAGCUCACCCAGUGAGGGGGAAACUCUACUGGACAGAUGGAAAUACAAUUAACAUGGCAAAUAUGGAUGGCAGUAAUAGCAAGAUUCUCUUUCAGAAUCAAAAGGAACCAGUAGGUCUAUCGAUAGACUAUGUGGAAAACAAGCUUUAUUGGAUCAGUUCGGGAAAUGGAACCAUAAAUAGAUGCAACCUGGAUGGUGGUAAUUUAGAAGUAAUAGAGUCAAUGAAAGAAGAAUUAACAAAAGCUACAGCCUUAACUAUCAUGGAUAAGAAACUCUGGUGGGCAGACCAAAACUUAGCUCAGCUGGGAACCUGUAACAAAAGAGAUGGAAGAAACCCCACUAUCCUACGAAACAAGACUUCUGGGGUUGUUCAUAUGAAAGUAUAUGAUAAAGAAGCACAGCAAGGCAGCAACUCUUGCCACCUAAAUAAUGGUGGAUGCUCACAGCUUUGUUUACCAACAUCUGAAACUACAAGGACUUGCAUGUGUACAGUGGGAUAUUAUCUCCAAAAGAACCGCAUGUCAUGUCAAGGUAUAGAAUCAUUUCUCAUGUACUCCGUUCAUGAAGGAAUCAGGGGAAUACCUCUUGAACCAAGUGACAAAAUGGAUGCUUUGAUGCCCAUCUCGGGAACUUCAUUUGCCGUGGGAAUAGAUUUCCAUGCUGGAAAUGAUACCAUCUAUUGGACAGACAUGGGCUUUAAUAAAAUCAGCCGAGCUAAAAGAGAUCAGACUUGGAAAGAAGAUAUCAUUACCAAUGGCUUGGGAAGAGUGGAAGGAAUAGCCAUUGACUGGAUUGCUGGUAACAUCUAUUGGACAGAUCAUGGUUUUAACUUAAUUGAAGUUGCAAGACUCAAUGGCUCUUUCCGUUAUGUAAUUAUUUCCCAAGGCCUGGAUCAACCAAGAUCUAUAGCUGUGCACCCAGAGAAAGGCUUCCUGUUCUGGACUGAAUGGGGACAGAUGCCCUGCAUUGGAAAGGCUCGCUUAGAUGGCUCAGACAAAGUUGUUCUUGUAAGCAUGGGGAUAGUGUGGCCGAAUGGCAUCUCCAUUGACUAUGAGGAAAAUAAAUUGUACUGGUGCGAUGCUCGCACAGACAAGAUAGAGAGAAUUGACCUUGAAACCGGAGGCCAUCGUGAGAUGGUGCUGUCGGGGAACAACGUGGAUAUGUUUUCAGUUGCGGUCUUUGGGGCUUACAUCUACUGGUCUGACAGGGCACAUGCCAACGGGUCAGUCAGAAGGGGUCACAAGAAUGAUGCCACCGAGACUGUCACCAUGAGAACUGGCCUUGGAGUCAACCUGAAGGAGAUUAAAAUCUUUAACCGAGUAAGAGAGAAAGGGACCAAUGUUUGUGCGAAGGACAAUGGUGGCUGUAAGCAACUCUGUCUUUAUCGAGGAAAUUCCCGGAGAACUUGUGCUUGUGCCCACGGAUACUUGGCAGAGGAUGGAGUUACUUGCCUACGGCAUGAAGGCUAUUUGCUGUAUUCAGGGAGAACAAUAUUAAAAAGUAUACAUCUUUCUGAUGAAACCAAUUUAAAUUCCCCAAUAAGGCCAUAUGAGAAUCCACAUUAUUUCAAGAAUGUCAUAGCCUUGGCUUUUGACUAUAAUCAAAGAAGGAAAGGUACCAACCGAAUCUUUUACAGUGAUGCACACUUUGGAAAUAUACAGCUUAUUAAAGAUAACUGGGAAGACAGACAAGUAAUUGUUGAAAAUGUAGGUUCUGUGGAAGGACUUGCCUAUCACAGAGCCUGGGAUACACUGUACUGGACCAGCUCCACUACCUCAUCCAUCACUAGGCACACAGUGGACCAAACCAGGCCUGGAGCUUUUGACAGAGAAGCAGUCAUCACCAUGUCAGAGGAUGACCACCCACAUGUGCUGGCCUUGGACGAAUGUCAAAAUUUAAUGUUUUGGACCAACUGGAAUGAACAGCAUCCAAGUAUCAUAAGAUCUACCCUGACUGGGAAAAAUGCUCAAGUGGUUGUCAGUACAGACAUACUUACUCCAAAUGGACUCACUAUCGACCAUCGUGCAGAAAAGUUGUAUUUCUCAGAUGGCAGCUUAGGAAAAAUUGAAAGGUGUGAAUAUGAUGGAUCCCAGAGGCAUGUGAUUGUUAAAUCUGGGCCAGGGACUUUCCUCAGUCUGGCAGUUUAUGACAAUUACAUCUUCUGGUCAGACUGGGGAAGAAGAGCUAUCCUGCGUUCCAACAAGUACACAGGAGGAGACACAAAGAUUCUUCGAUCUGAUAUUCCACACCAACCAAUGGGAAUCAUAGCUGUUGCCAAUGACACAAAUAGCUGUGAACUUUCUCCAUGUGCAUUAUUGAAUGGGGGUUGCCAUGACCUCUGCCUUUUAACCCCUGAUGGGAGAGUAAAUUGUUCCUGUAGGGGGGACCGAAUAUUGCUAGAUGACAACAGAUGUGUGACUAAAAAUUCCUCUUGCAACAUUUAUUCUGAAUUUGAGUGUGGAAAUGGUGAAUGCAUCGACUACCAACUCACUUGUGAUGGUAUUCCUCAUUGUAAGGAUAAGUCAGAUGAAAAACUGCUUUACUGUGAAAACAGAAGCUGUCGAAGAGGUUUUAAGCCUUGCUACAAUCGUCGUUGCAUCCUUCAUGGCAAGUUGUGUGAUGGUGAAAAUGAUUGUGGAGACAACUCUGAUGAAUUAGACUGUAAAGUUUCAACCUGUGCCACUGUUGAGUUCCGCUGUGCAGAUGGGACUUGCAUUCCAAGAUCAGCACGAUGCAACCAGAACAUAGAUUGCGCAGAUGCUUCAGAUGAAAAGAACUGCAAUAAUACAGACUGCACACAUUUCUAUAAACUUGGAGUGAAAACCACAGGGUUCAUAAGAUGUAAUUCUACCUCACUGUGUGUUCUGCCAACUUGGAUAUGCGAUGGGUCUAAUGACUGUGGAGACUAUUCGGAUGAAUUAAAGUGUCCAGUUCAAAACAAACACAAAUGUGAAGAAAAUUAUUUUGGUUGUCCUAGUGGAAGAUGCAUUUUGAAUACCUGGAUAUGCGAUGGUCAGAAAGACUGUGAGGAUGGGCUUGAUGAAUUCCACUGUGAUUCUUCCUGCUCUUGGAACCAGUUUGCUUGUUCUGCACAAAAAUGCAUUUCUAAACACUGGAUUUGUGAUGGAGAGGAUGAUUGUGGGGAUGGAUUAGAUGAAAGUGACAGCAUUUGCGGUUCCAUCACCUGUGCUGCAGACAUGUUCAGCUGCCAGGGCUCUCGUGCCUGCGUGCCCCGACACUGGCUUUGUGAUGGUGAACGAGACUGUCCAAAUGGAAGCGAUGAGCUCUCCACAGCCGGCUGCGCUCCCAAUAACACGUGUGAUGAGAACACCUUCAUGUGCCGUAAUAAAGUGUGCAUUCCCAAGCAGUUCCUGUGCGACCAUGAUGAUGACUGUGGUGAUGGCUCCGAUGAGUCCCUGCAGUGUGGAUACCGAGAGUGUAGUACUGAAGAAUUUCGUUGUGCUGAUGGGCGAUGUCUUUUAAACACUCAGUGGCAAUGUGAUGGGGACUUUGACUGCCCUGACCAUUCUGAUGAAGCACCUUUAAAUCCAAAGUGUAGAAGUGCAGAACAGUCAUGCAACAGUUCAUUUUUUAUGUGCAAAAAUGGCAGGUGCAUUCCCAGCGGAGGUCUUUGUGACAAUAAGGAUGACUGUGGCGAUGGUUCAGAUGAGAGAAACUGCCAUAUAAAUGAAUGUUUGAGUAAGAAAGUCAGUGGAUGUUCUCAGGAUUGUCAGGACCUGCCUGUAAGUUACAAGUGCAAAUGCUGGCCUGGAUUCCAACUGAAGGAUGAUGGUAAAACAUGUGUGGACAUUGAUGAAUGCUCUUCAGGGUUUCCCUGUAGCCAGCAAUGCAUCAAUACUUACGGGACCUACAAAUGCCUCUGUACAGAUGGGUAUGAAAUACAACCUGAUAACCCAAAUGGCUGCAAAUCACUUUCAGAUGAGGAACCUUUUCUAAUUCUUGCUGAUCAUCACGAGAUAAGGAAAAUUAGCACUGAUGGCUCCAACUACACACUUUUAAAACAGGGAUUAAACAAUGUUAUUGCUAUAGACUUUGAUUAUAGAGAAGAAUUCAUCUAUUGGAUUGAUUCUAGCAGACCUAAUGGAAGCCGCAUAAAUAGAAUGUGUUUAAAUGGAAGUGACGUCAAGGUAGUGCAUAAUACAGCUGUCCCCAAUGCACUUGCUGUUGAUUGGAUUGGAAAAAACCUCUAUUGGUCUGACACAGAAAAAAGGAUGAUUGAAGUAUCCAAACUCAAUGGCUUAUACCCUACUAUACUCGUUAGCAAAAGGCUGAAGUUUCCCAGGGACCUGUCUUUAGAUCCUCGAGCUGGGUAUUUGUAUUGGAUUGACUGCUGUGAGUAUCCUCACAUUGGCCGUGUCGGAAUGGAUGGGACCAAUCAAAGUGUUGUCAUAGAAACAAAGAUUGCUAGACCUAUGGCACUAACAAUAGAUUAUGUCAACCAAAGACUCUACUGGGCCGAUGAAAACCACAUUGAAUUUAGCAACAUGGAUGGAUCUCAUAGACACAAAGUCCCUAAUCAAGAUAUUCCAGGGGUGAUUGCACUAACAUUGUUUGAAGACUACAUCUACUGGACUGAUGGGAAAACCAAGUCACUCAGCCGUGCCCAUAAAACCUCGGGAGCAGACAGACUCUCACUGAUUAACUCAUGGCAUGCCAUCACAGAUAUCCAGGUGUAUCAUUCUUAUAGACAACCUGAUGUCUCAAAACAUCUCUGCAUGAUAAACAAUGGUGGUUGCAGUCAUUUGUGCCUCCUAGCGCCUGGAAAGACUCACACCUGUGCAUGUCCCACCAACUUUUAUCUUGCAGCUGACAACAGGACUUGUCUAUCCAAUUGUACAGCUAGUCAGUUUCGUUGCAAAACUGAUAAAUGCAUUCCAUUCUGGUGGAAAUGUGACACUGUGGACGACUGUGGUGAUGGAUCUGAUGAACCUGAUGACUGUCCUGAAUUUAAAUGUCAGCCAGGCCGGUUUCAGUGUGGAACUGGACUCUGUGCUCUGCCCGCUUUCAUCUGUGAUGGAGAAAAUGACUGUGGAGACAAUUCUGAUGAACUCAACUGUGACACACAUGUCUGCUUGUCAGGUCAAUUCAAGUGCACCAAGAACCAGAAAUGCAUCCCAAUCAACCUUAGAUGCAAUGGGCAGGAUGACUGUGGUGAUGAGGAAGACGAAAGAGACUGUCCUGAAAACAGCUGUUCUCCUGACUAUUUCCAAUGUAAAACUACCAAACACUGCAUUUCCAAGCUGUGGGUUUGUGAUGAGGACCCGGACUGUGCAGAUGCAUCAGAUGAAGCCAAUUGUGAUAAAAAGACUUGUGGACCUCAUGAAUUCCAGUGUAAAAACAACAACUGUAUUCCAGAUCACUGGCGGUGUGAUAGCCAGAAUGACUGCAGUGAUAAUUCUGAUGAAGAAAACUGCAAGCCACAGACCUGUACAUUGAAAGAUUUUCUCUGUGCCAAUGGGGACUGUGUUUCUUCAAGGUUCUGGUGUGAUGGAGAUUUUGACUGUGCAGAUGGCUCUGAUGAGAGAAAUUGUGAAACAAGUUGUUCCAAAGAUCAGUUCCAGUGUUCCAAUGGCCAAUGUAUAUCAGCAAAGUGGAAAUGUGAUGGCCAUGAAGACUGUAAAUAUGGGGAAGAUGAGAAACACUGUGAGCCAGCUUCUCCUACGUGCUCAUCAAGUGAAUAUAUAUGUGCCAGUGGAGGAUGUAUUUCAGCAUCUUUGAAAUGUAAUGGAGACUAUGAUUGCACUGAUGGUUCAGAUGAGAUGGAUUGUGUGACUGAAUGUAAGGAAGAUCAGUUUCGAUGCAAAAAUAAAGCCCACUGUAUUCCAAUUAGAUGGCUGUGUGAUGGAACUCAUGACUGUGUGGAUGGCAGUGAUGAAGAGAUCUGUGACAGAGGAGGAAAUGUAUGUAGAGCUGAUGAAUUCCUUUGCAACAAUUCCCUUUGCAAACUGCAUUUCUGGGUGUGCGAUGGAGAAGAUGACUGUGGAGACAACUCUGAUGAAGACCCUGAUAUGUGUGUUAAAUUUCUUUGCCCACCUACAAGGCCGAACAGAUGCAGAAAUAAUAGAAUAUGCCUGCAAUCUGAGAAAAUGUGCAAUGGGAUUGAUGACUGCGGGGAUAACUCUGAUGAAGAUCACUGUAGUGGCAAGCUUAUGUAUAAAGUGAGACCAUGCAAAAAGGAUGAGUUCACAUGCAGUAACAAAAAAUGUAUCCCCAUGGACCUCCAUUGUGACCGGCUUGAUGACUGUGGGGAUGGCUCAGAUGAGCAGGACUGCAGAAUAACUUCCUCUGUAUAUACCUGUGAAGAUAAUGUGACUCCAUGUGGAGAUGAUGCAUAUUGUAAUCAAAUAAAAACAUCUGUUUUCUGUCGCUGUAAGCCUGGAUUUCAGAGAAACAUGAAAAACAGACAGUGUGAAGACCUUAAUGAAUGUUUGGUGUUUGGCACAUGUUCCCACCAAUGUAUAAAUAUAGAAGGAUCAUAUAAAUGUGUGUGUGACCAGAAUUUCCAAGAAAGAAAUAAUACCUGCAUAGCAAAAGGCUCUGAAGAUCAAGUUCUCUACAUUGCUAAUGACACUGAUAUCCUGGGUUUUAUAUAUCCAUUCAACUACAGUGGUGAUCAUCAACAAAUUUCUCAUAUUGAACAUAAUUCAAGGAUAACAGGGAUGGAUGUAUAUUAUCAAAGAGAUAUGAUUAUUUGGAGUACUCAGUUUAAUCCAGGCGGAAUUUUCUACAAAAGAAUCCCUGGCCGACAAAAAAGACAAACGAACAGUGGCUUGAUUUGUCCUGAAUUUAAAAGACCCAGGGACAUUGCAGUUGACUGGGUUGCUGGGAAUAUUUACUGGACUGAUCACUCCAGAAUGCACUGGUUCAGUUAUUACACUACUCACUGGACCAGUCUGAGGUACUCUGUCAACGUAGGGCAACUGAAUGGCCCCAACUGCACCAGGCUCCUAACAAAUAUGGCUGGAGAACCGUAUGCUAUUGCUGUAAAUCCUAAAAGAGGGAUGAUGUACUGGACUGUCAUUGGGGACCACUCCCACAUAGAAGAAGCAGCCAUGGAUGGUACUCUGAGAAGGAUUUUAGUACAAAAGAACUUACAGAGGCCCACAGGUCUGGCUGUGGAUCAUUUCAGUGAACGCAUAUACUGGGCUGACUUUGAGCUCUCCGUAAUUGGUAGUGUUCUGUACGAUGGCUCUGAUUCAGUAGUCUGUGUCAGCAGUAAACAAGGAUUGUUACAUCCACAUAGGAUUGAUAUCUUUGAGGAUUAUAUAUAUGGAGCAGGACCAAAAAAUGGUGUAUUUCGAGUACAAAAAUUUGGACAUGGUUCAGUAGAGUAUCUGGCUUUAGAUGUUGAUAAAACAAAAGGUGUUUUGAUAUCUCAUCGCUAUAAACAACUAGACUUACCUAAUCCUUGCUUGGAUUUAGGAUGUGAAUUCCUCUGUUUGCUGAAUCCUUCUGGGGCCACCUGUGUUUGCCCAGAAGGAAAAUAUUUGAUUAAUGGAACCUGCAAUGAUGACAGUCUGUUAGAUGAUUCCUGCAAACUGACCUGUGAAAAUGGAGGGAAGUGUAUUUUAAAUGAGAAGGGUGAUAUGAGGUGCCAUUGUUGGCCUAGUUAUUCUGGUGAAAGGUGUGAAAUCAAUCACUGUAGCAACUACUGUCAAAAUGGGGGAACUUGUACACCUUCAGUUCUAGGGAGACCCACCUGCAUCUGUGCGCUGGGGUUCACUGGACCAAACUGUGGUAAGACAGUCUGUGAAGAUUUCUGCCAAAAUGGAGGGACCUGCACUGUGACUGCUGGGAACCAGCCUUUCUGUCACUGCCGGGCUGAGUACACUGGAGACAGAUGUCAGUACUAUGUGUGUCAUCACUAUUGUGUGCAUUCUGAAUCAUGUACUAUCGGGGAUGAUGGAAGUGUUGAGUGUGUCUGUCCACCACGCUACGAGGGACCAAAAUGUGAGGUUGACAAGUGUGUAAGAUGCCAUGGGGGACACUGCAUUAUAAAUAAAGACAAUGAAGAUAUAUUUUGCAACUGCACUAAUGGAAAGAUUGCCUCUAGCUGUCAGUUAUGUGAUGGCUACUGUUAUAAUGGUGGCACUUGCCAGCUGGACUCCGAGACAAAUGUACCUGUGUGUCUAUGCUCUGUGGGGUUUAAAAGUCAGCGCUGUGACCAGAAAGAGAACCCUUGUGAUCACUACUGUCAGAAUGAGGGGAUUUGCACUUUAACUGCGUUUAAUGAGCCGAGAUGCAAAUGCUCCACCAAUUGGUCAGGCACACAGUGUGAGAGGCCAGCCCCCAAAAGCAGCAAAUCUGAUCAUAUCAGCACAAGAAGCAUUGCCAUCAUUGUGCCUCUUGUCCUUUUGGUGACUUUGAUAACCACCUUAGUAAUUGGUUUAGUUCUUUGUAAGAGAAAAAGAAGGACAAAAACAAUUAGAAGACAACCCAUUAUCAAUGGAGGAAUAAAUGUAGAAAUUGGCAAUCCAUCUUAUAACAUGUAUGAGGUGGAUCAUGACCACAACGAUGGAGGUCUUUUAGAUCCUGGCUUUAUGAUUGAUCCAACAAAGGCCAGGUAUAUAGGGGGAGGGCCCAGUGCUUUCAAGCUUCCACACACAGCGCCGCCCAUCUACCUAAACUCUGAUUUGAAAGGACCACUAACUGCUGGGCCUACUAAUUACUCCAACCCGGUGUAUGCAAAAUUGUAUAUGGAUGGGCAAAAUUGUCGAAAUUCCUUAGGAAGUGUUGAUGAAAGAAAAGAACUGCUUCCAAAGAAAAUAGAAAUUGGUAUAAGAGAGACAGUGGCAUAAUCAGUGAUACCUUUUAUAUGCUGUAUAAAUGUAUAAAAUAUAAGGAUUACUUUUGUAUGUUCCAACAGUAUUAUACUUGUUUUGGCAUCAGCAUUACCUCUUCCUUUAUCUUUUUCCUGGUUAAUUGUUUUCUGAGUUUUUUGGGUUUUAUUUUUUGCUGAUGACUAUUGAUUGACCAUUUGUAUGGUAUUUUUAUGAAAAAGAACUGCACUACAGUACAAUUUACAACAAUGCUGCUGAUGAAGACACACCUUUGAAUUUGUUAAAAAUUAAAAACAACAUAUUCCUUUGUAGUGUGAAUAUGAGCAAUCUAUUUUAUAUGAACUUUUUGGGUUCUACUUAAUUAACAAAGAGAAACUCUGCACUUUUUCAUUAUAUGGUCUGAAAGCUGUAAUACAAUGUCAUUUUAUUUUUUUGUUAAAAUUGAUGGAAGAAUGAUUAAAUGGACAACUCUCUUCUUUGUGCCCAUGAAGAUUGAUUCAGAUACUGCUGAAAAUAUAUAACCCUCACAAGUUCAGUGUCACCUGCUUUGAAAUUAGCCUUAGAUUGCCAAGUGGUAGAUGAGGGAAAACAUGAAAAUAUAUAUAAAAUUAAUAAUUUGCAUGUAAACAGAUGAUUUACAUUUUCCAAAAUUUAGUGGACUCUGUGAUAUACUAAAUGCAAACACCCUGUACACAAUAGUUAUAUAUAGGUGGUAGAGCAUAACAAAAAAAUAACCUGAAGUGGACAGAUCACACUUGCUAUGGGAUAAGACCUUUGGUUCUCCCUCCAUCCUGAGGUGAAUAGCCAGCCUAGAGCACAACAGGGCAUCGGGUACUCAUGUGUUAUGUGCUUCUUCCCAGUCAAUCACGUGCAUUUUGUGGAAGAUUGGCCCAACCCACCCCUUACCCCAAUGAACAUUAUAGAAUAAUAGAUAAGCACACAAAUUGACAAGACAGAAUUUCAAUUAUGAGGAUGCAUUCUUUUGCUAAGUCAAAAGGAAGAGGUAAAACAGCCCUUUUGGUGUAGAGUAAUCGGUAAAUAUUUUCAAGAAACAGUAUGACUAAUCCCUUAUUUUCCCUACUGAAAAUAUAUUCUUCCGAGUUAUAGAACAAUUAUCUACCCAUUAUCAAAGGUGGAGAGUAUAAAUGCUAUUUGCUAUUUGCUCUGGUAAUCUGGUUUCUUUUUAGUUAUAUAAAACACAUGUACCCCAUUCACUUGUUUGUUUCUUUGUUCUCAAACUUUGAUUAAACAAGUACAAUUUAUUUAAGGUGUAUAAAAAAAGAUAGCAUUUUUAUACAAAUAUCUUUAAAGGCACAAAAGAUUUAUUCACAAGUUGUGGAGGGCUUUUUGUUCCUCUGAUAGACAUGACUGACUUUUAGCUGUCAUAAUGUAUUAACCUAACAGAUGAAAAAUAUGUUUGUGGUUGCUCUUUAUCCCUUUGUACAAGCAUUAAAAAAACUGCUGUUUUAUAAGGAGAUUUUUGUUGUACUAUGUGCAUGCAUACUACCUAUUUCUAAACUUUGCCAUAUUGAGGCCUUUAUAAACUCUUGAUUUAUGUAAUACUAGUGCAAUUUUGCUUGAACAAUGUUAUGCAUAUCAUAAACUUUUUCAGGUUCUUGUUUAAGUACAUUUUUUAAAUUGAACAGUAUUUUUCAUUUUGGUUAUAAUAGUCAUUUUGCCUAUGUUUCUACAAUGAAGUGUUAAAUACUUUAUAAAAAAUUGUUGACUGACUUAUUUAAAUGAAAUUCUACAUAUUUAAGUGCUUGUGUUGGGUAGUUUUUAAACAUAAGAAACUCCUUUUGUUGUGUGGUUUAUAUCUUUCUAGAAAAUUAUUUCAGGGACCAUGGUAGUUUUCAUGUGUUUGGUUUUGUUUUGGGUACUGCAGACUAAACCCAGUAGUGCUUUACCACUAAGCUCAUGCAAGUCUUUUAAUUUUGAGACAGAGUCUUGCUAAGUUGUUGAGGGGUUUGCUUACUUACUGAGGCUGGCCUUGAACUUGUGAUUGUCUUGCCUGCAGAGUUGUUGGGAUUAUAGGCCUAUAGCACUACACCUGGCAAUUUUUAAAAAAAUAUCCUUAAAAUCUAUUCUCCAGGCAAAGUUUGAUUCCACCACAUCAUUUUUCAAACCACAACAGAAAAGGCACUAGGUAUUCAGUAUUAGCAAUGUGUUAAUGCAAAUGUAAUUACCAUUUUAAAGAAACAGAAUCCUAAUGUUAUCUUAACAGCUAAUAUUUAUAAAAAUGAUGUCAAACUAUUUACCAUAUACAGCUAAUAAUAGAAGCAUCACAUUGAUGAACUGGUAUUCUACCAGGGCACUUGUGAAAGCCAUACUCAAAUGAGCUCCUGCUCAAUAGACCUCAGGCCUCAUCUACAAGAGCCUUACAUUUUAAUGGUCAUUAUUUGCACAUUAGCUGAAGUGUUCUGUGCUGGUUGAAAAAUCCACAUCAGAGUCUACAGUUUCUAUUACACUACUUUUAUACAUUUUUUCAACUUCUGAAAAUGUGUUCUUUUUCUAUAGCUCUCUUUCUAUUCCAAUUCCCUAUUACAAAAUUUCAUGGAAAAACAAAAAAUCCAAGUGUAUAUAUCCUCUUUCACCAACAAAAUUCUUCCUAAAUGAUUCAUUAAGAUUUGGUGGAAGAUAUUUUAUAAAAAUUAAUGCUUGUCACUUAGGACAGGUAAAUCUUUGUUGUCUUUUAUAGGGUAAGGUAUUUAGCUGGAUCCCUGCAUUCUACUCAAUCAGGAGAUGUUAGAAACAUGCUCCACUCUCCCAAAGUUGCAACAGCUAAAAAUGUUUAUGGAUAUUGCCAAAUGUCUUCUGGGGAACAAAAUUACUCUGUUAAGAACUGCUAAUCUAGAUCUCUAUUCUGUCUCCCACUGUUAAAUGACUCUCAGCUGGAACAGCUGAGUCAAAAACAUCCCCUCAUCAACAAAAUCAAGGCAUUCCCAAGUUUCGAUUUUAAUUCUUUAAUGCUGAUGAUGCAUGAAUUAUAAUUAUAGAGAUUUAUAUUAGUAAAGUGCCUAUGUAGUAAACAAAAAAAGACAUGACUAAGGGAAAAAGUUGCAUUUAGGAACUUGUAAAAUUUUGCAUAAGUUGACUCAUUUUCAUUUAUGUAAAUGUGUUUUAUUUUGGUGUCAUUGAUAAUUACGUUGUAUUUUGGUUUGUGUUUUAUCACAUGCUUGUUUCGUUGAUACUUAAGGUUGAGAUUUAAACUCCUAAGUUCAAAGAAUGUUACUUUCUGUUUUUAUGAUGGCUCAGAUAUGAAGAAAUUUAAUACCACAUGCAUAUUAUGGCAGAAGUAAGUGAAAUAUAAUUAAUUAACUUUUUAAAAACAGUCUUCUUUAUUUUUUUAUUUUUUGGAUAAUAAGGGAGGGAGCAUGGGGGUAUAAAAACAGUCUUUUUUAUCAUAUGCCCCAUUCCAGUUUUAUUAGUUCAUUAACAACAAUUUUCUCAAUACUAGAUGACAUUCUUAAAUUUAAUGCAGGUCAAUAGUCAUUAUUUAAAUAUGAAUGCUUGAAUUGUAGCUUGCACAAAAUAAACUAAAGCACUUCUUUAUGAAGUAUAGGGUUAUAUAGUUAUAUAGCAAGUAUUUUGAAUGUGAGAUUAAAAACACAAAGGGUCAAAAUCAAUAUGUUUUAAUUUUUCUACCACAUCUGUUGCUAACUAGACAUAUCCAGGAAGUUAGUAUGUUCAGGAAAAGAUAAUUAAAAAUAUAUGAUGGGUGUUUUAAUUAGAUAUACAGUUAAUUUUUGAUGUUGUCAUUCCAAAGGCCCAGGAACAUGAACCUUAUACAGUGCUAUGAAUACAUCUGAUCUACAGAAAGAAAAAUAGAUGAAAUGAGUUCUUUGAUUUAACUUUUUUUCUAGUAGAUACUAUACUUAUGUGGCUGCAAGUUAUUCGGAAAAGAAAUUGUUUCUAGUGAAUCCCAUCAUUUUUUGUACCCAAAGUGAUCAAAAAUCAAAAGAAAAAUUGGUACUAAAGAUGGCCUACUUGAUAAAUUCUAUGCUUAGAAUGUAUUCAUUCUCUCUGAUGGAGAGUCUGUUCCUUUAGUAUGGGAUUUGUAAGAUAUCAGUGAACUUAAGCAAUGGAAUUUCUGAUACUUUAGUCAUUUGUUCACUCCAACAUAAUUUUUCAACAUGGUUUCUUCUGCAGUUUUAAUACAUAAGUUAUCAGCCUCCUGAUACAACUAGAUUUUCAAGUUUAUUUAUGGAGUAGUGACCUCAAAAGCCAAUAAUAUAAUUGUUCUAGCCUUUAAAAAUGUAAUAUUGAUAGUGAAAACUAUACAUAUCUCACUAGGGUCAGUAAUCUAAAAAUUUAUAAGUGAGAAAAUAUUUUUUACACACCAAGUGAACUGUGAAAUACAGUUAGAAAUCAAUUUAGGAGUUCAAAUUGUAAGACUGUUCACAGAGAUACUUCAAAAACAAUAUGCAGAAUAUAAGUUUACAUUGACUUGACUGAUGAAAAAUUCACAUAUCUCAAUGAAUAUUGUAAAAGCUAGGAAGAUUAUAACGGCAAUAAGAUUUUCAACUAAAGUAACUAUUGUGCAAUUUA